CAUGUUUUAUUUACUGUGUCGUUGAUAGUCUACCUAGGAAAAGAGUCCUGACUUCGGACUUCAUCCAAGACCAUUUGGCGCAUCACCUCGUUUCAAGUACAUCGGUACACGUACAUAAUUCAUCAGUCCGGUGCACGUGACUCUGACGUGGGCUCAGCCUCUGGACUUGCGCUACGGCUAAAUCCCAGCCUUUCUACAGAGCGUCAUCACCAAGUCGAGCAACAACGUGCAAUUCAUCCCCUCGUCGCCGCCGCAGUGCAUCGCCAGCCUCCUCUCUAUUCAGCGCCUUCCAUCUCCCCUACUUAAACUCUUCUCCCUGCUGCAUUUUAUCCAUUCCCCGAUUCUCCGGUUUCGCCACCCGACAACAUGGAGGAAGAGCGCCUUUGGAAGUUCAGGAAGCCCGAGUGGUUGAACAGCAUCUGGGCCCGAAACGCUGGCGUCUACGGUGCCGGAGCCCUGUUCUCCCUCGCCUUCUAUGUCAUGCUCGAUUCCGCCGUCUGGUCCAAGUCGGCCAAGAACGGCUCCAACGUCCACGUUAAAUUCGUCGACUGGCUGCCGCUCAUCUUCUCCAGCCUGGGCAUGCUCAUCAUCAACUCGGUCGAAAAACAGCGCCUCAGCGCCGACUCUUUCAGUUAUAGCGGAUCUGGUGUCGCAUGGAAGGCGCGCGUGGUCUUGUUCCUGGGAUUCGCAGCCCUUGCUGGCGGCAUGGCCGGAGGCGUCACCGUCUUCGUUCUCAAGUUCGUUGUCCCUGGCGUCGGCAUGCCAGCCCUGAGCAUGGGCAUUGAGAAUCUUGUCAGCAACGCCCUUGUGGGCUGCAGCUCUGUCGUCUUGUGGAUCAGCCAGAACAUGGAAGACGAGUACUCCUACAACCUCUCACUGUAAACUGACUUGACCCUAUAACUGCGCGCAAAAGAGGGGAGCGAGUGUCGGCGCAUGUCUUUGGAUCACGGGCGUAACUUGGGGCUCUUGGGAAGGGUCUGGAUUUUCUUGUUUUUAUUUCCCUUUUGGCACACGCGCGCGCGCACACACACACACGCAGAGACUUUAUUAGGGCGCAGCUGGUGAUGAUUUAAGCCUUUGUUUCUUGUACGAGUCGAAACGAUCAGUUUGAUGUAUGAAUUUGAACUUGGGCCAUGUUUUAUAUUAUACGGCCAAGACAUUGGCCGUGUACUGAUGUUCGUAGCCGAGCCUGUCGAGAUUUGCUCUCUCUUCGGAAGCCAAGCAAAAUUCAUGCCUUUUAUCAUUAGCCAAUACACAAUAUUCUUGC